AUGUUUUCAGUAUUAGAUGCCGAUUCAUUAAGAACAUUAGAAAGCAAAAGAACAAGAGAUACUAGAACUGUGAAACCACUUAAGGUUAAAAAGUUCAAAGCGGAGCAUAUAAUAUAUGGGAAGUCAAACCGAUCUAGAAAUGGUUGUCUUUGCUGUAGAAAGAGAAAAAAAAAAUGUGAUGAAGUUUCCCCAGUAUGUGGAUCUUGCCAUCAAAGGAAAGUACAAUGUAUAUGGAGGCACAAUGAAAACUUCAAUGAAAAAGGAAGCGAACUUGAAUUAGAAAUACUAUCGGCCGUUGAGCCACAAAAAUCUAUAUCUCCUGUGAAUAUAGUCGUAAGCAAAUCAAAGGGGGAAGAAAGUGGAGAUGUGGAUCCAUGGUAUCAACCAACUUACAUUGACUAUUCAAAUGGGUGCCAGGAGUUGACUACUUCUGAUGUAAGGACCAACAUAAAUUCUUUAGAAGAACAAAAUACCCAUGAAAAUUUAAUAUAUUCAACUGAAGACCUCUCUGCCAAUAAAGUAUCCUAUCCAUUAUCCGGUACUUUUGCAAUUACUUUAGAUGAACAAGGCUCGUCAUAUUUAAAAAGUUUUAUAGAUCGCGUUGCGAGAGUUGUAUGUAUCGGUCCAGAAUCCUCCAAUUACUUCUUAAGCACUUUUUUAAAGUUAGCUAGAGAGGAGAAACCAAUACUGUAUGCACUAUGUUCUUGGGGAGGAUUAUUUAUCGAGAAAGACAAUCUUGUGAGCUCCCAUAUGGGAAAAGCUUUGGCAAUGAUAAACCACAGAUAUCAGCAUGCAUCUCACCUCAAUAGUUUCGAUUUAUACAUACUUUUGAACUUUUUCACUAUUUGCAUCGGGAUGCAAGUAUGUGCCGGUGACGUUGAACACUGGUAUAAGUUUUUUACAAAAUGCUCUAACGUGAUCAAUAAUAAUGGUGGGUUACGAAGUAUCUGCGAGCUCUUUAAUUAUUCCAAUGAUAUCAAGUGGUUGGUAUCAAAUUUACAAUUUCACGAUAUCAUGUCUUCGGUUGCUUUUUUAGAGGGGACUAUCUUUCCAUUAAAGGAUUAUGAUUUCAUAUUUAAUCAAAACAAAAUAUUGGAAGUGGGGAAUUAUGGCCUUGAUCCUCUCCAAGGUUGUAUACAACCCCUAUAUUUAAUACUAGGUGAAAUACAGAUGGCUAGCAUAAGACUUAAAGAGAAGAGGGAGCUCCUAGAGUAUCAUAUGAAUCGAUCGCAUGAUGAGAUAGAUUAUUAUGAGGAAGUUCAGGAAGUUUAUACAUCUUUGAAAAAUAGUAUAUUGAACUGCCAUCUCAGUCCCUCACAAAUUCUGCUCCUCUUCCAUGACACUCAAGAGCUAGAAUUGCAUUUGUUGCUAUUUGAACUUUAUGGUUACACUUGUGAGUUAUGUUUGAAUAUGCAAAUAAAACAGCUCCCACCCAAUUCCCAUGAAUUGCAAAGCUUAUUACUAAACGCAUUAAUAAGGAUAGAUAUUUUGAAGUCUACCAAAAUGGUAGCUUCUUUAGCAAUGCUGCUCUUAAUUUGUGGCGUAACUUGCUAUACAAAAUCAGAUAGAUUACUUAUGAAGGAACGGUUCGAGGAUGUAUUCAAAAGAUAUAAGAUGGGUAAUCUAAAGCGAAUUUGGACUAUAGUGCAGGAUGUUUGGCGUGAGGACCUGGAUGGAAGUAAAUGCAUAAAUUGGGCAUAUAUUUGUCAUAAGAAAGGCUGGAUUUUAUCCUUAUGCUAG